AUGGCUCAACUCCGUGCUAAGCAGCCCUCCAAGUGGGAGCAGGCCAAUCUGCUCUCCAAGCUGCUAUGGUUUUGGAUGGACGGCGUCUUCAUGACUGGCAAGAAGCGCCCUCUGUCCUUCGACGAUCUGCAUCUGCUCCCCAAGGAUAUCCGCUCUGCCGAGCUUUAUGCCAAGUUUGAGCGUAUAUGGAGUGAGCAGCAAAAUGCAUACGACCAGCAGCGCCCUUUCCCAUUCAAGACUUUUCCAUGGGUCAAGCCAACAAAGAUCAAGCCGCCGAGCGUCGUCUGGACGCUGCACAAGCUGUUUGGUCGCCGGCUCUAUCCUGUGGGCAUUCUCUGUUGGAUUUGCGACAACUCAAUCCUGAUCAGCCCCUUGGUUCUCCAGGCCCUGGUCAACUUUGUGGUCUCGAGCCAAACAGGCAGUCCUCCCCCAGCCGGGACUGGCGUGCUUCUUGCUUUUGGGAUGUUUCUUGUUCCUAUCUUGACGAGCCUGACCCUCAACUGGUACUUUGCACAAAUCACCGUCACGGGUAUGGCCGCCCGCUCCGUGCUCUCCAGCGCCGUCUUCCACAAGAGUAUGCGUCUCUCUCCGGAGGCUCGUCAGAAAUACGACUCUGGCAAAAUUGCAACAAUCUUGGCCACCGAUGUGGCCCGUGUCGAGCUCUUCUUCAGCUGGUUCCAUGAUCUCUGGUGCAUGCCCGUUAAUAUCCUGACCAACAUCGGCAUCCUGCUCGCUCUUCUCGGCCCAUCGGCUCUAGCCGGUGUCGUCAUUAUUUUCCUGUUGGGUCCGAUCCAGGCCUUCAUCACCACCCUUCGGAUGAGGUAUCGCAAGGAUCUGGUUGAAAUAACCGAUAAACGAGUCAAGCUCACCCAAGAGAUUCUACAAGGCAUUCGCGUUGUCAAAUUCUUCCACUGGGAGCCCACUUUCCUUGAGCGAAUCUUUUCGCAGCGUUCCGCCGAGCUGAAAAAGGUGGCAUCGGUCAACAUGAUCGAAGGGGUCAAUAGCACCAUUGGCUUUGUCGUUCCAGUCACUGCAAGUAUCGUCACAUUCGUUGUGUAUUCCCUGACCACCGAUUCCUUCAACGCUUCGACGAUCUUCUCGGCCUUGUCGCUCUUCAAUGCUCUGCGCAUUCCCGCCUUCAUCUUCCCAAUGAUCUUUUCGUCCUUUGCUGAUGCCAAAGUCGCCAUCGAUCGACUUCAAGAGUUCCUCGAGGCUCCCGAAAUCGAUUUCGAGCCCACUGUAGACAAAGCCAUGGAGCCUUCGGUCUCCAUCGACCGCGGUGAAUUUGUCUGGUGCCCACCUUACGCUGAGCCGGCGACUCCACUGCCCGCCAACAAGUCCCGGCUUCGCUUUGCCUUCCCGAAGAAGCAAGCCGUCCCCGCCAAAGCCUUGGAAAGCGAAACUUUUGAUCGAAAGGAUCACGAGCCCGAGAUGGCUGGAGAGCACGCAGACUCUGAAUCCGAUGUCAUUGCGGCCCCUGAGACCCAGGGGCGACUGUCUUCGGUCAAUAUCCAGCUGAAGCGCGGCUCGCUGUGUGCCGUUGUUGGACCGGUUGGGUCAGGCAAAUCCUCCCUGCUCAGUGCUUUGGUUGGAGAUAUGCAAUAUCGCAGCGGCUCGGUCACGUUCUCGGGAUCCGUCGGACUCUGUCCACAGCAAGCCUGGAUUAUGAACGCAACCAUUGAGGAAAACAUUCUGUUUGGCAAGCAGAUGGACCGGGAAAAGUAUGCCCGCUGCGUCCAAGCCUGUGCACUCACGCGGGACUUUGAGAUCCUGCCCGGCGGCGAUCAAACCGAACUUAACAGCGACGCCGACAUUGUUUUGCUUGACGACCCGCUCUCAGCCGUCGACGCCCACGUCGGCCGACACAUCUUCGACAACCUCAUUCUUAAGGCGCUCGGCGGCAAGACCCGGGUGCUCGUCACACAUCAGCUCCAUUGUCUGCCGCAGUGCGAUUACAUCAUCAUCAUGCAGCAAGGGCGUAUCGCCGAACAAGGGUCGUUCCAAGAGCUCAUGUCCCAAAGCAGCGUCCUGGCCGGCUUGAUGAAGGAGUACGGCGGCGUUCAUGAAACACCAUCGGAGCAAACCGAGUCCAAGAAGCAGGAAGGAAAAGAACUUGAGAUCGACGACCGUACCGACGAGCCUGAGGAAAAAUCCGGCCGGAAGCUGAUCCAAGAGGAGGAACGCAUGACUGGAGGCAUCGGCCGCAUUGUCCUCAAAAAGUACUUUUCAGCAAUGGGCCAUCCUUACUUCUUUGGCGCCAUCAUUGUCACGCUGAUAUUCACUCAAGGCCUUCGCGUCUCGACCGACUACUGGCUUGUGAUUUGGUCGUCGAUGCUGCUUCCCUCGCUCUCCCAAAAUGGCUACAUUGGGAUAUAUGUCGCCCUGGGGCUAACGGCCUCGGCCGUCACGUUGGUGUACUACUAUCUCUGCGUCAUGGGUGGCGUCCGUGCUGCCCGAACCAUGCACGAAUGGGCCCUUACCCGGGUUUUGAAGUCUCCGAUUUCGUUUUUCGACACCACGCCGUUGGGUCGCAUCGUCAACCGACUUUCGCGCGACCAAGAUAUUGUGGACAACUCCUUGAUCAAGGUAUCGAGCGGCUUCGCCCUCUCUGUCGCCACUCUCCUGUCAACCUUGAUCACAAUUGGCGUCUCGACCCAGGGCUGGCUGAUUCUGCAAGACCGUUUCCAAGCCAAGGCUCACACGCUUAUCGACAGCAACAACGAACCGCAAUUUCUGAUCUUCCAUGGCCAACGAUGGAUGUCGAUCCGCCUCGAUCUGAUUGGAUCGAUCCUGAUCCUUGUCGUGUCUAUCUAUGCCGUUAUAUUCCGAACAACCAUUUCUUCAGCCGUCAUUGGUCUCAUGCUUUCGUACUGCCUGCAAGUCAACAUGCAGCUCAACCAGUGCAUGCGAACAUUCACCGAUCUCGAGAUGCAGCUCAAUGCAGUCGAGCGCCUUGAAUACUAUUCCUCACAACUCGUUAUCGAAGAUGAUGCUGCCACAGUGCAUCCACCAGACAACUGGCCAAGCAACGGCUCGAUCACUUUCGAAGGCGUCGAGAUGAGAUAUCAGCCCGAUAUGCCUCUUGUUCUCAAUGCCGUCAGCAUCGACAUUCUGCCCAGGGCCAAGAUUGGGGUGGUUGGAAGAACCGGAUCGGGCAAGUCGUCGCUCAUGUUUGUGCUCUUCCGGAUGGUGAAUCCGUGUGGAGGACGCAUCUUGAUCGAUGGCAUCGAUAUUUGCCAGCUAUCGCUGCGCGAUCUUCGAUCCCGGAUCACAAUCAUACCCCAGGACCCCAUUCUGUUCUCAGGGUCAAUCCGGACGAAUCUCGACCCGUUCUCGGAGCACAGCGACAGCGACCUAUGGGAUGUCUUGGCUCGUUCCGGCCUGAAAGCUGCCGUUACGGCCAUGGACGGCAAACUUGACGCCACAGUGGCCAGUCUGGGCGAGAACCUCAGCGUCGGACAGCGUCAAUUGAUGUGCCUUGCUCGAGCAAUGCUGCGCCGGCCUCGGGUGAUUAUUCUGGAUGAGUGCACUGCCAAUGUGGACUUUGAAACCGACAAGCUCAUUCAAUCGUCACUCCGAGAAGACUUCCGAGGCUCGACGGUACUCACGAUCGCGCAUCGCCUGAACACCAUCGUCGAUUAUGACAAGAUUCUGGUGCUCGAUACUGGCAACGUGGUCGAAUACGACUCGCCGCGAGUGCUGCUGCAGAACAAGGCUUCUGAGUUUUCCAGGCUGGUCGACGAAACGGGGCAAGCGAACGCAGCGGUACUUCGGUCUAUGGCUGCCAAAGAAGAGUAA